UGCUUGUUUGGCGGGUAAACCGAAUGAGAAAUGCCGAUUCAGUACUGUAUCUCACCGCCAUCAUCAUCUAACCUCCAUUAUCGUCAUCAUCGAUUUCUUACUCUUCAAUUCAAAGUCUCUGCAACUUGUAUAUCGCCUCCGCCGCCGCCGCAAUCGCCUUCCUUGACAAGAAGAAGAGCCAUAUCUCUGUUUGCAGCGUCAUCGAUUUUGUAUACUACUGUUACUUUCUCUCUCUCCGACUCCAUUUCGCGGUCCAAGCCGUCUACACCUGACUUCUUUGAGAUCGAGAACUCCGGAGGAGUGAAGGCGUUGGAUCUUCGCGUCGGCGAUGGAACACUCCCCCUCGAUGGCGACCAGGUUUCAAUUCAUUACUAUGGGAGGUUAGCUGCAAAGCAAGGUUGGCGAUUUGAUUCUACAUAUGAUCACAAAGAUCAAACAGGGGAGCCUAUUCCAUUUACAUUCAUCCUUGGAUCUGGCAAAGUCAUAUCUGGCAUUGAAGCUUCUGUAAGAUCAAUGAAGGUUGGAGGAAUUCGUCGAGUUAUUAUCCCACCUUCCCAAGGAUAUCAGAACAUGAAUCAAGAACCUAUACCACCAAAUUUCUUUGAUAGGCAGAGGUUGUUUACAACAAUUUUUAACCCUACUCGUCUCUCCAACGGGGAAGGAUCUACAUUGGGGACAUUGAUAUUCGACAUAGAGUUGGUUCGCACUAGGCAUUCAUGAAACCGAUAAAAGCUUUUGGUUGGGAUCCUUUCGAUUUCUAACGAUGAUUGUGUAUAAGAUGCGUGGAUGAUUCGAUGAUCGCGACCAAUACACGAAAGAAUUCUUGCAAGUGAAUUAGGUAUGAUUCAGUAAAUGCCACUUCCUGUCAUUGUUUCAUUUGUGUAAUUAAUUUCAUGGAGUUGGGAUAUUGAUUAUGUUAAUUCAAAUGAAACAAAUUUUAAGUUUGAGGCUGAUUAUUUAUUCA